CUUCCGACGCUACCGGAGUCCUCAUCCGAGCGACCUCGUGAUUAGGUUCGAGUGCUCGUCGCUAGCUAAGGCUCGGUCGAGAUCAGCUGUCGACAAGGCACCGAACGACGACAAGGUGUUGUUGACAUAAUCGUCACCAGAUCACCAGAUACUGAAGAGAAAGACACCAUAUCGCAUCAAGCCUUACCUCGCCAAACGACAUCUAGGACUACCGUCUAACCCGCUCCAGAGCUCUCUCAAUCUUUCGACCUCACGCACCUCGUCCCGUCCCGGUAAUGGGUCAAUCCUUUGAAGAUCCCAGUCAGAACAACCCAUACAACUCCCACUUUCCGUCUUAUCACAACCACCAACACACGGCGAUAACACCAGUCUUUGGGAACGAGGAGCAUCAGCUAAACUUUGAGGAUCUCUUGAGGGUCCAGGAGGAGCAGGGUGAAAGCAGCAGCGGUCGUCCUAGCACCAGUAGCAAGGCGGAAACGAGCGGAGGAGGUGGAGGGGAUCCGUAUACGUAUAACCUAGGUCGGACGAGUGGGAGCGGUCCUCCGAGUCGACAGAACAGUGGGGAUUCGUACAGACCGUCAUCGUCUUCGAACGGAGCGUCUGGGUUUCAGCAACAAGGUCGGCAUCCGCAAUCUCAAGGGUCGAGUUCGAGCGGAGGAUUUCAGUUCCAACCGAGACGGCCGUCCAAGAGGCAAUCGACCACGGAGGAAGUGCUGAUCGCUCGACUACAGCGAGAAGCUCAAGAGCAGAGUAUCCUUCAAGAGCAGUCGCAGAGAAACUUGCAGUUACAGCACCUCGCUAGGAUCGGUGCUGAAAGUCAGGGCCACCAACAGGCCAAUCAGAAUCAAUCCCCCGAUCAACAUCUCCCCGGAUCGGAGUAUCGUCUUAGCUAUCACAACCCGAACCCUCCAUCCAGUGACCAUCUAGAUUUUCGACAAGGCGAGGACACUGCGAGUUACCUCUCUGAUCAGGAACAACAGGAACUCUUGCAAUACCUCAACAACUCGGCCGGAUUAUCGUCCGGGGACCCAAAGGACCAGCUCGAUUUCGCUCAGACCAUCGAGGCUGGCCCGUCUUUCCACCCUCCUUCGCUCCAUUCGGCUCCUCCCAUCAUGCCCAACAAUAAUCACUUUCACAAUCACGCUCAUCUCGGUCAAGAACAGUUCUCCAGCUACCGGACGACGCAUUCGGCUUCGGUGUCCCCUCAGCCAUCGCCUGCUUUCCGUACGGCUCAGAUAUACGAGCUACCUCUGAAUCAAGACCCGCUCGUCCUCGAUGGCUCGCAGUACCGACACGGACCACGUCUGAGCGUCGCCGGUCAAGGUCAAGCUCAAGGGUUCCGAGGAGGUCAUCAACGAAAUCGAUCGUUUGGCGCCCAAUCCGUUUCUUCUUAUGCCGGGUCGAUACACGGAGGAGGUCUCGAGACGCUAGAAGGCCUGGAAGAUCAGUUUGCAGCUGGGUUGGGAGGACCGGCGGAAGGCUACGAAGGAAGCGAUUUCGGAGGGAUGAGAGCGGCGGGAAUGGGGAUGAUGAGCGGGGUUAUGAACGGUCCUCCUCAGGGCAUGCCGUUUGGGAACAAUCACGAGUUUAUGGCUUCGUUUAGUCCUCGGUCUGGGAUGAUCAACCCGGCCUUGGCUGGUCGGCCGGGCAGAUUCCAGGGGCCCAGCAGGCAAUGGAGCGAAGACGAUCAUGGUGGAGCUUCGGAUGCGACCGCUCAGUGGAGAGCAAACUUGAAGGCCCAGAUGAUCGAGGACGGCUCGGAACGCAUGUUGAGCGAAGAGACGGUGCUGGUCAAGGAGCCGAUGACGUAUGACCCUCAUAUCGACCAAGGGGUGGAUGUGAACCGGAUUGAAGUAUCACCACGCGGAAGCCGGUUCAAACUGGACACGCGCACGGGACUUCAGGAGCCCAUGUCAGAGUUUGCUCGUCGGAUGAAUUCGGAGGCGUCUGAUUAUACGCUCGAAUCCAUGGCUUCGUCGGGAGAGACGCAUCGAAAUGAACCGGUCAGCGGGAACUUGGUGGACGAGCAGUUCCAGAGAGAGGUCAUGAACAUGUUGAGGAGUCAGAUGAAUGCAGCGGAUCAGGAGACGCAGUCGCAGUCGCAAGGGUUGGCCAUGCCCCCGUUACCGAUCGGAGGUGCCGUACCGCCACCGCGUGGUCAGGCUCUACAAGGCCCAGCGACUAGCCCGCAACAGUUCCUCGAAAGAGUGCAAGGUCAGGUUCGGUCUAUGGCUCCACCGACGUUUGUCAGCUCGCCCCACUUCAAGUCGGCCGGGACGUUCAACCAGACCAAACCGCAUUCACCGCCCGCCCUGAUUAUACCUGACAGCGGUGUCUCUUCGCCCAAGUCUCAGCCCGUACAGAUGCCAUAUCCACAUCAGCGUUCGCAGGAACCAGUACCAUCUCAGCUCAGGCACCAUCAUCACCCAGAAUCGAUGCCUCCUCCCCCUGUGCCGUCUCUCGGGGGAGCUCAGAUGCAGUCUCAAAUCCCGGCACAAAACAACAUGUUCCUUGGCAUACCGUCCGGGGGUAACUUGACGAUGAGGGACUCGUACCUGUCUCCGAUUGGGCCAGGCGGGCCUAGUAUCAACAUCGUACCCAGCACGCCCAUCAGUGGGCUCAAGGAUGGCAAAGGGAUCUGGGAAAAGCUGGCCAUGCAAGCACAGGCGGCUCAAGGCUCGAACUCUUCGCAAUCUGCCGAGAUCGGUACACCAUCAUUGACAAAUCACCUCGAGUCGUCUGCAGAGAAAACCUCGAGACGGGCCUCGCACAGCGGUAACUACAUUCAGCGAGCUCCUAUGCAAUUAGAUAUCGCUACGGCGAAUCAGGCCUUGUUCCAAAUGGCAUCAGCACCGAACACGGCUCCUUAUGCUGCAGGAGUCGCACCGGACGCGAAUCGAGCUCUGACUGCGCCAUUCCUCCGGCAGCGUUCGCGGUCGGAAGGUCAGAUGCAAAACCUGUUCUCGCAGUUUGAUAUCGAAGCCAUCAGGCAGUUGUUUGGAGAUCAAGGUUCGGAUGAAGCUUUGUCAGUGUCGGGGCACUCGUCUGGAGGGAUGAGCAACCCGCCUGAUGCAGCUCCUGCAGUGGACCCCAAGAUGGUCAUGGCCGCUUCGUUCGGAACAACCGGCAACUAUCAAUAUGAUACCAGCAAUCUUAGAGGAUCCGGCGGAAGCGAUGCGGGACAUGGAGAACAGGCAUCACAGGACGCUCAGGGCAUGUCGGACGCGGCCGCUUUCGCAGCGCUUGUCGGCGGGCAGAACGGGGAAGGUGGACAGAGCAGCUAUGUCAUCACCGGUGUUGAUCCCAACGGUACAACGUAUAUCCUAACUCGUGAUGGUCGCCGGCUGUCAUUCGACUCUCGUAUGGCGCGAAACCUCGCUCUCAUGAAUCCGACCUCGCCGGACUUUCAGCAGACGACGUUCCAUGGGAGCAUAACGGGUGAAGACGUUCAUAUGGAACAUCCUGAUUCACAUCUCGGUGUGUCCAACGGUUCCUUCCGGGGUCGACCGUUUUCCCGUGGCGCAGGCCACGUGAGGGCUGUCAAGAGCGAGGAUCUCCGAACAAGAGAUGAUGGCUUCGAUGACGGGAGGUGAGCACAAGUUGGGAUGUCUUAUCUACCGUUACUACGAACUGACAUGCGCGAGUGCUUCAGGUCCGACAUAAGUGGCCUCGGCGACUACCUCGACGCGCC